GACAAGAAGGUAUCAGACUUCAUCAAUCUUGAUAAACCUGAUAUCUUCUCUGAACUAGAAGAACCUCUGGAACCUGAGUGUCUAGAAGAAGCCACCGCGGAGGUCAAGAUAGUAUAUGACAUUCAGGUCACUGCAUGGAAAAUCAAAUAUAUGAAAUAUGAGAAUUUGAAUGAAGACUAUCAAGAUGAUGUGAGAAUCUGA